UAUAUAAUACGAUAUUUAUAUAAUUCUUCUCCCUCAGAUUCCAGGUUUUCUAAUAGUCGUAUCUCAGAUAUGGUCUGAUCAGAAGAAACCAGGCAUCGAUGGAGAGAUGGUUUCUUCAGCUUCAGAUGAUGUAUAAAUCUCCUUCCGACGCGUGUUGCUCCAGGGUGUUUAUAAAAACGAGACUAAUUUAUUUAUUCGUUUAUAUAUAUAUUUUAAUUGCAUUCAUUUAUUUGAACGCGUUUCGCUGGAGGACUGGAGGACGUGGUGACAUCAGUGACCUGUCUUCAGUUGUUUUCUUCACCUGUGCUGUGCUGCUUUAAACAGAUCCUCUGGGUUUUGAUUUUCCAGCAAACACCAAACCAACGAAAAACACGUGUGUCGUAAAAGAAAUAAAGAUUGCGAAUUUUCUCAGUUGUCUGAGGACACGAGGAGAAACAAACCUUGACUAUCAGGAUGCGAAUCAGCUCGUAUAGAGUUAGAUAGGAGCGCUUGUUUAUGAUGGAGAUGAAAGCCUAUCUUAUCCGGCGGGGCGUGCCAGAGGCUGUUUAAUGUGUGACAGCGUUUACAGCGCGCGCUGGAUAAAUAACCCCGCUGACCUGCAUGGAACUAACUAACUAACCAACCCAGUCAGCAGAAAAAACCAGCUGGAUGACUGUUCAAAGGUGACAAUGACAAGAAUCCGCUGAGGAGGAGACGCGCGCACAAUCGCCAGAGACCUCAAGGCAAGCGGCGCGGCGCGUCACCAUCGCGUGGAAAAGUGCCAACUCAUGAUCGCCAACGUGAGACAGAAGGUGAAGAGCAGAGACAGGAGGAGGUGAAGAGCAGAGAGACGGACGGGCAGGUGAGCAUCUCUCCGCACGCACGCACGCACGCGAUCAUGGGGCGCUACAGCGGCAAGACGUGCCGCCUGAUCCUGAUGCUCGUCAUCACCGUCAUCUUCUUCGUGGCGGAGAUCGUGGCGGGGUACAUGGGCAACUCCAUCGCGCUGGUGUCGGACUCCUUCAACAUGCUGUCGGACAUUCUGUCGCUGUGCGUCGGGCUGACGGCGGCCCGGGUGUCGCGGCGCGCGAGCUCGGGGCGCUUCACGUACGGCAUGGGCCGCGCGGAGGUGGUGGGCGCGCUGGCCAACGCCGUGUUCCUCGCCGCGCUCUGCUUCUCCGUGUCCAUGGAGUCUCUGAAGAGGCUCGCCAUGCCGCAGGCCAUCGACGACCCGCCGCUGGUGCUGAUCGUGGGCUCGCUCGGGCUCGCGGUGAACGUGGUCGGGCUGCUCAUCUUCCAGGACUGCAGCAGCUGCCGGCGCGCGACGCGGAAGAACGACGCCCCUGUGCCGCGCGAGGCGGAGGAGGACGCGGCGGCGGCGGAGGAAGAAACAGGCCUGCAGGAGAAGAAGAAGCCUGAGAGCGACGGGCCUCCGCUAAACAUCCGCGGUGUACUGCUUCAUGUUCUGAACGACGCGCUGGGCUCGGUGGUGGUGGUGGUGGCCUCGGCUCUGUUCUACGUGUGGCCCCUGGCCCCUGAGAGCCCGUGUAACUGGCAGUGUUACGUGGACCCCAGUCUGACGCUGGUCAUGGUGGCCAUCAUCAUGUCGUCAGCCGCUCCUCUGGUCAAAGAAACGACGGGGAUCCUGCUGCAGAUGAGUCCUCCGGACCUGCAGCUCAGCUCUGUCUUGGAGAGUGUGUGUAAGCUCCCGGGCGUGGCGAGCGUUCACGAGGCUCACGUCUGGGAGUUAUCUAAAGGACGAAACGUGGCCUCGCUGCACGUGAAGGUGAGCGCUGACCUGCAGGAUUCGACCCUUCAGACUCAGAUCCAGCAGCUGUUCCAGCGCGCCGGGGUCCACAGCGUCACGGUUCAGCUGGAGCGAGCCGACGUAGAGAUGUCCUGCUGUCCUCCGGCCUCCAGAGACGUGACCGUCGACAUGCUGCCCGAGAAAGAGAAGCAGAUAUCAGCUAAACACACAGAGAGCACCAAGUUCUGAAGGACUGGAACACAGAACAAACAGACCUGGUUUUAUUCCUCCUCACGACUGUGCCUCGCUGCCCUUUAAGACUCCAGCUAAUGAUUCCUAGUAAUUGCACUCGGUUAGUUUGAGACGCGAGUUUGACGGGACCCAGAUCAACAGUCGAAUUAUUCAGCAGCUUAUUUAUUGCUCUGAAAGAGAGACAUGUCCAGCUCAUAUUUCAGCCCAAAAUAACAGAAUAAAAAAACACACAAAUCAAGCCAAAGUCUCACGAGUGUGUAAAGAAUGUAAACAUGAAGAUAGUAUUUGCUGUAGUGCCUUUAAUGCUUACGCUGAUGUAUGUAAUAAAUAGUAAUCUAUUACAGUAAUAUGCAAAAUAUUUUUUAAAUUAGUUCCUUUUGAUUUUGGGGUGAAAUUUAACCUGGACAUAGUUUCAAGAGAUUUGUUCUGAUAGCGUGUUUGCAUUCCUUGCUGUUAUUUAUGACAUUUUGCUCUUAAUGAUCUUUAUAACUUGCUAAUUCAGGGAAAUAUGAUUAGUUGUUGUUGUGUGUGAGUGUGUGUGUGUGUGUGUGUGUUUGAAAGACAAUCAAAUGUACUUCAAAACUGUAUACACUUAUAUUAAACAUUCUGGUUGAAAUCAAA